CACCCUGGGUCUUAAAACAAGAGGGGAGGCGUGGGGAGGCCUCGGCCGAGCCCGCCGGCUAGUUUGAGAAGCCAGACUAGCUGCUGGCGAACGCGGACGCUCUGGGUAAGGCUCUGGCUGCCGCGGCCCCAGGCCCGUCCACCUGCCUGGACACCCAGCGCUGGGCAUGACCUGCUCUGUCCCCAAAACACAGGCUUAAGUCCACGCCCCGCCCCAAGUUCUGCGUGUGCGUGCUGGGGGACCAGCAGCACUGCGACGAGGCCAAGGCCAUGGACAUCCCGCACAUGGACAUGGAGGGGCUGAAGAAGCUCAACAAGAAUAAGAAGCUGGUCAAGAAGCUGGCCAGGAAGUACGAUGCCUUUUUGGCUUCAGAGUCUCUGAUCAAGCAGAUCCCACGAAUCCUGGGCCCCGGACUGAAUAAGGUUGGCAAGUUCCCUUCCUUGUUGACCCACAAUGAGAACAUGGUGGCCAAAGUGGAUGAGGUGAAAUCCACAAUCAAGUUCCAGAUGAAGAAGGUGCUGUGUCUGGCGGUGGCUGUUGGCCACGUGAAGAUGACAGAUGAUGAGCUUGUGUACAACAUCCACUUAGCUGUCAAUUUCCUGGUGUCAUUGCUCAAAAAGAACUGGCAGAACGUUCGGGCUUUGUACAUCAAGAGCACCAUGGGCAAGCCCCAGCGCCUGUACUAAGGCCCAACUAAUAAACCACACUGCCACUGUGA